AUGUGUAUCACCAUGCGUGUGCCAUGGCUGACCAUAGACCGGCUGAGAAGUUGCCGAGACAUUCGCCUCUCGGCCGCGACCAUGAGAGCACUCAACUCUCGACGCCCACGGUCAACCGUGAGCACCAGUCGACUUUCUGUGCCACGGUCGGCUCUCUGUUUUCUUCUUCUGCUUUGCGUCCUUCACGACGUACGGGCGCGCAGUGUGUCUCACGAUGACGAUGGUGCCGAUCAAGUGCACGACAAGAUUUCGGAAACGGUGGAGGUGAGUGACUCUGAUCCUGCCGACGUGAACAAGGAGAGUGCGGACCAAGUGCGUAGAAAAAAUGAAGAUGACGGUGGCGAGGCGAGAAAAAUCUCGGAAGAAAAAAUCGUACUCGUCGAAAAUUCGGAGAAAAUCCAAACGGAAGACGAAGGUAGCGUGGCGAAGAAGAGACGCAGAAACGAUGUGAUUCUGCCUGGUAAGUCUGUGUUGCAGGACGUGCAGAGCGCGCAGAAGGAUGAGGGUAUUCGACGAUUCGAUUCUCAAGUCGAGCUCGACGACACCGAGGACCAGCGAAAGACAUCGGACGACAUCACCGAGAAUAUUCCGAAUUCACAGACGGACGAUCUCGAGCAGAGAAAAUUGAUCGAUGCCAAACAGUCGCAGACGGAUGUGAAAAAUGUGAAUGCAAAUCCAAGUGACGAUGAUGGAGCGAAAUCACAGGGAGAAAAAAACGAAGAGAUUCCUUCCAAUCUUCGAGAGAAUCUGGGAAACAUCGCGAGUGCGGAGCAGGCGGAGAAGAUAGAUUUGAAUAAGGAAGAGACGGGACAGGUUGAAAAUUUGGCGGAACCUAAUUUGGACGAGGCGCGAAUCGAGAAAACCGAUGAGGUGAACGAGGAAGUACGUAAUGAUCUUCGAAGUUUGGAGCUUGCCGAUACGAACAAGAAUGAAAAAAAUCAAGAAGAACACGUUGCGGACGAGGCUGUGAAAGAAGAAAUCAGUGUCAAAGAUCUAGAUCCGAAUAGAGAGGAUAGACAUUUAUCCAAUUCAGGUAAGUCUAAAUACAAGAGUUCAACUGUCUAUUUAAAUGCUGAAGAGCGCAAUUUGCCUGGUCGCGAGCAAGAAUCGAUCGUAGACGGUCAGAUAAAAAAAUUAAUAUCCAUACGAGACGACGCUCUCGAAACGAUCGAUAGCAGCGCGAAACAGCCUGAAAAACUCGAUGAAGAAAGUCUUAUUUCAGAAAAAUCUACCGCUGAAGAGCAGGAGGAGGUUCGCAGUCAGCGCAGCAGCAACGCGAAGGAUGCAUCGGCUCGAAGCGAGAAUCUUGACGAACCAUCUCUGGCGCCAGAGCCUAGUCGCUUUCAACAAUGGAAAAAUCAAGCCGCGCUGCUUCAGGAUCAAAUAAAAAACAGGACGUUCCUGCAGUAUUUAAGAGAACAAGCAACCGAGGUGCUUCCUAACAUCCCGAAAUUCACGGAGGUUCAACUACUGGAGACCUUGCAGAAUAUCAUGCUAUUGCGGAAAUCGUCUUUGAACGAGACGUAUACGGCUAGCUUGAACGCGACCGAAUUAAGUAAGAAUCAAUUGGAAAUAAUAAAGUGCGCCGAGCAACUAGUGGAGACGAAACAGCGGCAGUCCUUUGUGGAGAACAUGACGGAAUGCAUUCGCGGUCUCAGCGCCCUCAACUGUAUGCGCAUUUUUGUUUGGCCCGUCGUUCUCAACUAUGUGCCGGAUUCGGUCAAGCAGAAUCUGAACAAUCUACCGAUAGAGAUAAACUUGAUCGACUUGUUUCAGAGUAAUCGGGCAAAGUCCGCGAGAUCGGAAGGCGGCGUUCAUUAUCUUAGGCUAUUGUCGCCUGAAUACAUUGUUUUCACCAUCUUGAAGGGCGCGUUGGAAUCAAAGGCCACUUACGAUCUGGCACCGACUUACAUUGAUCCGCAGAACGAAACCUUGAAUUCGCUUCUCACCUUCAGCCAGCUCCAGAUUCUUCAGAUGGGCGAGAAGCUUUUGCCAGCCGAGAUACGUCGCGAAUAUUCCGACAGGAUGUUUUCGUGUGUGCGCAGAUUCGAGUAUUUCAGCUGCGUCAAGUACUUUGCCUGGCCGAUGGUGAAGCAGUACUAUCCGACAUUGCCGGCCUUCCCGGAUUAUCCGAACUGGUAUCCGUCCAUAUCGUUGUAUCCGCAGUAUCCUAUCGUUCCCUUUCCCAGUUUUGUGGAAAGCACGGGCGAAUUGCCGGAGGUCGUUGAGGCCGACGCGACGAGGAUGCGGAAACCAGAAGCGGUGAUCGUGAGCAUCCUUCAUAACGCUCUGAAGGAGCAGCUGAAGACGCCGUCUCCAGCCAUCACUCACACGGAUUCUUACGUCGCUCUGCUUCCCCCGGAACAAUUGCUAUCGAUCCAUAUGGCCGAACAGCUGCUUCCCGUCUCGUAUCGUUCGGAAUUCGUCCAGAAAACCGUGAGGUGCAUUCAGGAAUUUAAUUACUUGACUUGUAUCAGAUAUUCGACUUGGCCGACGGUCAAGCAGUUCAGUCCUUCUCUACCUUCCUUGCCAGAUUUUUCCGCUUGGAUACCGUCGUUUCCCAGUUUCUUCGGUUAUCUGCCGAACUUUCCCAGCUUUCCGAGCUUUCCCGAUUUUGCUUCGUUUAUACCGGGUUUAGGUGGCGGUCAGCAGACUCCUACUUCUCCCUCUCCUCCAGCAGAAACCAGUAAUUCCACGUCAAGCGAACCACCCGCUCGAAUCUCCACGAUACUGCUCCGAAAUGAAGUUUCUUCCAAAGCAUCCGGCGAGUUGGAAAAUAAAAUCACGGAAAUUUUGACGAAAGUACAGAACUCCUUGAAAGCGACGCCGGAAAAUCCGCAGCUAGUCGGCAGCGGAAAUAUAAUAAUUUUGAAGACCAUCACCGAGAAGCAAAUCAACAUAUUAAAGUUAGCGGAGAACAUUGUGCCGCCUCCCGCACGCGCACCUCUCGUUAUUCAAGUUCUGUCUUGUCUUCAGACGAAUAACGACUUUACGAACUGCACCAGAAACAUUAUUUGGCCCACAGUCUCUCUUUACGUUCCAAAUCUCCCUGAAUUUCCCGAUUUAUCUAAUCAACAGCCACAAAAACUGGAAGAUCAACAAACAUCAUUGAAGAGCAAGAAUACUUUGCAUCAGGCCGCCAAACAGCAGGAAUGGGACAAAUCGCAGAACGUGAAUUCCAACGUGAAAAUCAUCUCCAGAACGAAGUUUCCACAGAGUAGCAGUCCUGUGAUCAGCGUAACCGGUACUCGAUUUGUGCCGAUAUUCACGGAACAUCCCGAGUCGGUGAUUCUCAACAUCAUCAAGUCGGUUCAGCUGUCAUCGCCGAACGUGCUGGACGAUCCUAGUCCCAAGUAUAUCAGCACACAACAGUUCGGCAAUCUGCUUAACGAUCAGCAGUUGAAUAUCGUUAAAAUAACGGAGGGCUUGCUGCCCGACGCAGCUCGUCCUGCUUUCGUCAAUCGAAUGCUGGAUUGCGUUCGCAAGAACAACUUCUUGGAAUGCUCGAGAGAUUUAGUGUGGCCGACUCUAUCGGAAUAUUUCCCUCGAUUGCCCAGCUUUCCGAAUUUCGGAUAUCUUCAAGCCGUUAAUAGCAAGUCCAUUUUGUCUCAGAAUCUUACCGAUCCAUCGCCGCUCUCGGAAACUGACGUCAAAGUCGGCCAGCAUGGAGACGCGACUGUUACCAUCACGGACACCAGAUUCUUUCCAAUCUUCUCGGAACAUCCGGAAAGCGUGAUUCUGAAGAUCCUGACACCUCUACAACACACCACUUCGGGCACGGUGUAUUCUUCGAUUACGUCGAGGCCGGAAGUCAGAGCGUACUUUACGGAACGGCAGGCAAAUAUUAUUCAAGUUGCGGAAAAUCUGUUACCGGAAUCAAUGAGGCCAGCUUUUGUAGAAAAAAUGGUCACUUGCGUUCGAGAGAGCUCUUUCCUCGAGUGCACUCGAGUUGUAACUUGGCCGACCAUCGCGCAAUUCUUCCCAAGGCUGCCGAACUUCCCGAAUUUCGGAGGCCAGAGGCAGAGUCAGAGAAAGAAAAUUAAUGUAUCGUCGAUUCUGCUGCGUAAUGCAUAUUCGGGGAAUCAGGCGUCAGAUGAAAAUGAUCAAAGUAUGAGAAACGCGAUAGAAACGAUCGAAGAGAAAAUAGAGAAUGUGCUGAAAGAUCUGUUGAGCAAGGAAUCGACGCCGCGUUUAGAAAACUCCUAUUUGGAUGCAAAUAAUUUUGCAGUAGACAGUCUUCUGACCGCUCGUGAAAUGAACAUCGUCAAAUUAGCGGAAAAAGCGAUACCAGAUUCGAUGCGCCACGCGUACGUAUCUAACAUGCUCGAAUGCGUGAGAUACAAUAACUUCGUGACCUGCACGCAGCACGUCACCUGGCCAACUGUGAAACAAUUCUCACCAACUCUGCCGAACUUCGACGGGUUGUUUGCAGGCCAGUUUCCAAUUCCUGGUGGAGGACAAAUACCCGGUUUAGGUCAACUUCCAGUGGGACAAUUUCCCGGCGCGGGGCAAUUCCCCAGCCAGCUUCCUGAUUUCGUGGGACAGAUCCCCUCUUUUCCCGGAGUGGGAAAUCCUUUCGCCGAGGGCCCUCAAGUUCCUCAAGUUCCUCAAAUUCCUCAAAUUCCUCAAAUUCCUCAAAUUCCUCAAAUUCCUUCAUUACCGGGCGGAAUUCCUUCAUUUCCAGGUCUGCCUCAGUUUCCAGGAUUUCCUAGCUUGGGCGGCGUUGGUUCUCCGCAGUUUGGAAUUCUGUCGGACGCGCCGCAAGAGUCGAAACCGCAAGAAUUGAAGCCGCAGGAGCAGCCGGUUCAAUCGAGAGUCGCGGAGCAGGCGAACCAGAUAAGUGGAGUAUCGAGAGCUGCGAACACUCCGUCAGUAGCAGAUAUUGAAAUGUUAUCGCCGCUGCUAUUAUUGUGGACGGCUCUGUCCGUAAUGGGCGGCUACGUGCCACCCGGGCCGAGGUUCAACUGUCCGAAAGACGUGAUUUACAUUUAUCCCUGCACUUGCCUUCGGGGUAGCGACAGAGGUUUGUACGUCCGCUGCGAAAACACGAAUCUGGCAAGUCUCAGCCUCGCCUUUGCGAAUCUGGGAAACGAGGGCAUGCCGAUCGAAGAACUGACUCUGUAUAAAUGUAACAUAGUACGAUUUUACGGACCCGCCCUGUAUCCGUUGGACGUUCGAGUGUUGAAAUUCAUCGACACGCCGCUGAGAUUGAUCGAGGAGCACAGCUUCCUCGGCGUGAACCGAACACUUCAGGAGCUGUACGUGACAAACAGCGACCUGGAGAAAUUCCCACGCGAGGCGUUGCAGGUCCUCGGUAAUCUCAGUCUGUUAAGCAUCACCGGUCACCGGAUAUCUACUCUGCCGGGGAAUAGUUUCGGUGAAAGCGCGGUGGCCGCAAAACUGGAAAAAUUGGAGAUUAGUAACGGUACGCUAUCUUCAUUGCCGGUAGAAGCGCUGACGCCGCUCAAGAAACUGAAAGCGCUCGAUCUGCACGACAACAAAAUAAAAGACCUGCAGAGAAAUCAAUUCAAAGGACUCAGGGACACUGAAUUCUUAGAUCUCUCUCAUAACUUGAUCGAUAAGUUAGACGCGUCUCACUUAGCCGAUCUUGUCAAGAUGGGAUGGUGUAACAUGUCGCACAAUGCUAUCGCCGACUUGAAGAGAGGAACCUUCGCCCGAAAUUCCGUUUUGAAGGUCCUGAAUCUGAGUCAUAAUAAAAUUAGAAAAUUGGAUUCGAACACUUUCCGCGGUAUGCGUUUUCUCAGACGACUGCAUCUCAGUGACAACCAAAUCAACGAUGUAGGUCGCGGAACUUUCGGUUCCGUUACUAGAAUCGGCACGAUCGAUCUCUCUCGGAACUUCAUUAAAAAGAUCGACUUCCAAAUGUUCCACCAGUUGCAAUAUGCUGAGCUUAUAGACGUUUCCGAGAAUUUUGUGACAACUAUAGAGAAACUGGCAUUCAAAGAUCUUUAUCUUGCAAAAGUGAAUCUGUCUCAUAACGAGAUUUCGAAGAUCGAACCAGGUGCUUUCGAGAACUGUGCAAAUAUCACGUCGCUGGAUCUUAGCUACAACAAGAUCGACAACAUCUCGAGGUAUUCUUUCGACAGCACGUCAUACGCUAUGGAAAUGCAACUUAGUUAUAAUCUACUGACAUCUCUAAAUCAAGUUCCAUUGCACAACAUGACGGGAAUGAAAGUAUUAAACGUUUCUCACAAUCUGAUACACUCCGUUCCACGACAGACCUUCCCUAAAUUGUACGAGCUCCACACAAUCGAUAUCUCGCACAACAAUCUGUCCGAGAUACACAACGCUAUAUUUCAGACACUCUUCAGUCUGCGAUUUUUGAAUUUAUCGCACAAUUCUUUGGAAAAAAUAAAACCGUCGACAUUCGGGCCGCUGCCUACGCUUUUAGAGCUCGAUAUGAGCUACAAUCAAUUGAACGACGUUGCGCGCGGCAGUCUCACUCGAUUAGCCAGCUGCAGGAGCUUGACAGUAAAAAACAAUCGUCUGACGAAGAUUUUCCAACUACCGAAUUCUCUGGGUCAUCUGGACUUUUCGGAGAAUCUGUUGGAGGAAAUCCCGAGCACUGACGUGUGGCCCUCGAUGAACGCGCUGCUCUCGCUGGAUCUUUCGCGGAAUCGACUGGGCGAUAAUUUACAAAAAGGGAGUUUCGAAAACUUGCUGACCUUGAGAAUCUUAAAUCUGCAAGCGAACAACAUCACGAAGCCGCCCUGGCAAGCGCUGAGCAGUCUGAGCAGCUUGCAGUAUCUUUAUCUGCAGGAUAAUUACUUGACGAAACUGGAAAAAGCCGCCUUCGGUCACUUGCCAAUAGUGUUCGAAUUGAAUAUGGCAAACAAUAGAAUAAACAAUGUGACGACUCGUGCGUUCGAGGGCCUGUUGCAGCUGCUAACAUUAAAUCUGACCAGCAACAAUAUUAGCCACAUACCGAACGGCGCGUUUCAAGGUCUGGUGUCUUUGAGAACUCUCGAUUUAUCGUACAAUAAAUUAGAGAAGCUGGAUAACAAAACGCACGGAUUGCUCGACGACUGUCUGUCAUUGGAGAGACUCAACCUUAGCCACAAUAAAAUUUCGUUUAUUACUCGGAAGACUCUGCCAAAUGAUCCCUGGAUCCCGUACAGACUGAAAGAAGUCGAUUUGUCUUACAACACAAUGCCGGUCGUCACUUUUGACCUCAUUGCCGGCGCCAAGAAGCUUCAAUACUUGAAUCUCUCUCAUAAUAAUAUUAAUGAGAUUAGGCGAUAUGUAAUCGGGAAUUUAACGGCUUUGCAGAUUUUGGAUUUGUCGCACAAUGACAUAAAUGACGUGUCCGAACGAGACGUUUUUCUGCCACCGUUAAAUUUAACCAAUUUGCACCUGAGCAACAAUCAUCUCAAUCAUGUGCCUCUCGAUAAGAUUCUACCACUACCGAAUCUGAAAGUUCUCGAUCUGGAAAAAAACGAGAUUGGCGUUUUUGACGAGAAAUUUAUGAAGAUUAUUAAGAACGGCACAAUUCUCAAAUACUCUGGAAAUCCUAUACAUUGUGACUGCCAUGCUCGACCUUUAAAGAGAUGGCUGAAGUCUCAAACGUACCUCCCGACAGAAUGGUCGAGCGUGAUGUGCGAGAGCCCGAAUUAUCUCGCGAACAAACCUAUCUCGGAGGUAACUGAAGAUCUUAUGAACUGCGGCGAGAGAGAGAUUCAAGAAAAACCGGAACUCGGUAUCACACCCGAUGUGAAAUACCGGAGUCUCGACUACAACACUAAAGACAAGAGUUGGAAAGCGACGUGGUUCGUAACGUCGAGAGAAGACAUCGGCGACUUUUAUAUCGUCGUUCGAGAAACCGGAAGCAGUAAAUCCAUGAUCGAGAAGGACGUCGUUUACAGCGAGCGAUCCUUCAGAAUCCACGAUCUAAAGGACUCGGACACAAAAUACGAGCUCUGCGUGCUCGCGCGUGAUUCCGAGGGAAACGUCAAGCACUAUAGAAACUCGCAGUGUCAGAUUUUAAAUCAGCACAGCUCCGGUUCGACCAUUAGCCUCAGGGCGAGCCUGUACUUCGUGAUAGUCGUUGCUUCCUUUUGCACCCUUAUACGAGAUUUUAUCUGUCCCGAAAAUGGUAUUUACAGCAUUUAGGAAAAUAUUCUCCAUUCAAACAGUAACAGUUUUACAGCAAACAGUAACAUGAUAAAAUACUUUCAAGUAUCGUUAGCUGAUGAUUAUCUUUAAAAUUAUUCUGGUAAAUUAGGCUUUUAUUACGUCGAGUGCUGUAUGUCGCGUUGAAACGCGAAGCGAUGAUUGUAAAGUGAUUUAAUAUAUUAUUCGGAAAAGGCGUAGAUGAUA